UCCUCUGCAGGCUCCAUUUCGCGGCUAUAACUCCACAGUGUCACAUCAAUUUAUCCUACGCCACACGAGCUUCCGGAUUUGGAGCGAUACGACUCGGGAUAGAUAGCACACACCCUCAAUCUAUUUUCAUACACCUGCGCACCAGGUACGUUGCCGACGUCACGGUGCAAAUACUCAACUCAGGAAAAUAUUGGCAGUUCCUGUUUGGUGGGCUCCGAACUUCCCCACAGUUCUGCUCGAGGCAGAUCGCAUGUUGCUUUUGUCUUUGCACCCCUGCACGGCGAAGCCGACUGGCCUGUCUUCUCAAAUGCUUGAUUACAUAGGUCCAGGCGCACGUGCGAGCCAAAAAUAAUCGUUUGACAUAGACCAAGUGAUCUGCUUGAAGAUAUCGCACUUUCAAUGAAGUUCCAUGUAUCUAAUCUGAUUCCCAAUCAUACACUGUGCGAAGGACUCCCUGACUGCACCAUGGUCUUGUUCUUUCGGCCCCAAGCACAUGCCGAAAGGAACAACUGCCUCCGACGCACCUGUGCGCCUACCCUUGAAGAUCUUCACUCUUCGGGAUCCGAACUCGGGAUUCGACAGGUCCAAUCAUAUGCCCCGCGUAUUGUGCCCCUAUGUCUAUGUCAGAUUUGUAGGGUUUGGAAGCGUCCACAGCCACGGUACUUGCCGCCGUCGAAAUACAGGUUCCAACCAUCAUUUAUCGCUGCACAAGUUGCCCUGCUUCUUGUUAUCGAACCCCAAUCUCUCAUGUUCUAAAAUCAAUCAUGCUGGAGCUCAACGCUGAGGGCCAAACGUCUUUCGAUGCUCUGGUGGCUUUGGCGGUCCUCGCGACCGUGGCGGUCGCGGUGAGGCUUUUGUGCAAGCUGCGUACGAAGACGGGUAUCCAGGCGGACGACUACUGGAUUCUCGCUGCGCUCUCCUGCUACUGCGUUGCUGUGGCAUUCGGAAUAUGGGGUCUUGUCAUAACGGGCGGCGGCGAGCACGGUGUCGUGGGAGUCCUGGCUGUACUCAAGCAAGAUCCUGCGGCGUUGAAGAUUAUGUCGACAUACCUCGAGUCUAUCCUCUUGGCUUAUACGUUCGCCAUCACUUCAGUCUACUGCGUUAAGAUGUCGAUUCUUAUGUUCUACUGGCGGAUAUUCUUCGUCACUAGCGGAUACAAACGAAUUUCAGUGUCUCUCAUCGCCAUCUCUACAGCCCACUUCAUUGCGAUUCAAGUCGCCAACUUGUUGACCUGCAUACCACUGAAUGCAUUCUGGGACCGAUCGAAAUCAGGAAGAUGCUACAACUACAACGAGAUGUACCUUGGGAUGGGGCUUGUGGAUCUCUUCAUCGAUGCCGCUAUCCUCGCACUUCCGAUUCGUAUGGCUUUCAAACUGCAACUGCCCACUAGGACCAAGAUCGCUGUCGCGAGCAUUUUUGCACUUGGUGGAUUUGUCGUGGUAGCUCAGAUCAUGAGAAUCGUCUAUGUCUACCACCCUAAUUCGCGGUGGAUCAAACACCCCGAGGCUGAGCAGUGGACGAACAUCCAUGAUGCUACCGCUAUCGUGUGCGCUUGCCUUCCUCUGUAUAAGCCCGUCUGGUCCCCGAUCUCCAAUGCCGUCGGUCGGUAUGCCAGCUCGAUUAAGUCCAGAAUCGGCAGAAGUAGAAGCGACCGACAACCUGAUUUUUAUCCUCACAAUAUGGAGCGGCUUCCAGGCUCCGAGCGUGAGCUUGGACAGAAUACGAAGUAUGUCGCAAGUACCAAGAAGGAAGCUAGCGUUAUCUUUCCUCGCAAUGAAAGUAUGGUAUAGAGAAUCCAAAUGAAGAAUAUUUGUGCCAGCCAGUCAACGAAGAAGUACGAUGAGGUGAUGAAUUGCUCUGACUACUCACCACCAUUACUCCACUAGGCCUAGCCGUCGUCACAAAUCCUUCCUCACAGAUCCCCUUCAGCCCUUCAUAAAGUAAGAAAAUAUUUUUGGAGACUGAGAAAGGUGCUGAGAAAUAGCAAGAGUUACAAGAAUAACGAAUGUCGAAUCUCAUAUAUAUCGU